AUGUUCAGCGCAAUUGUCUUUUGUAAUUCAGUUCCUAUCACUAUUGGUUACGAAAGUGAACGUCUAAUCCAAAUAAGUUUGAUAGAGAAAUUAUUUGCUGUCAGAUGGUUUAUUAAUAAAAAAAUUGAUGGUAAAAAGUUUACAGCCAAGGUAACUUGCCUAAUACAUCCAGGUGGGAAGAUAGUUUUGUAUUAUGAUAAAGUUACACCCGAAAUUAAAGAAAUUGGAUGGGAAGCGAAAAUCGUCGGUAAAUUCAUAUGUGGAAGAAAUACAGUACAAUCUCAAAUAAUUACUCCUGUAACAUGGAUCAAUAGUGGCACGUUGGUGGAAUAUGAAGCUAUCGGAAACUAUUGUCCAAAAUACACCUCGCCUGAAGCAUGCCGAAGCGCAACGACAUUGGAUAUAACUUGUUUUUGGUGUGAUAAAGCGAAGCUAUGCAUUGAUAGUACUGAUCGACGUGCUCAUAAAAUGAAAGUUAAAAACUGCCGUGUUAAGAUGUCUUAA